AUUCAAAAGGCAGAUUUCUCAUUUCUUUUAUGGUUCUCAUCCAGUGCAAAAAAGCUGAUUAAGCUUAUUCUGGAUCCAAAUCCUAUUACUAGAAUUACAAUUCCUGAAAUUCUGGAAAAUGAUUGGUUCAAGAAAUAUUACAAACCACCUCAGUUUGAGCAGGAAGAGGGUGUUAAUCUUGAAGAUGUGGAUGUUGUCUUCAAUGACUCUGAC